AUGCGCUCAACUCCUACCAACACCAAGAUGACGAGCAUGUCGUUGCGAAGCUUCUUGGCAAGAGCACGGGCGGCAUUGGCAGCACCUGCCAGUGAGCAGUCGUUGCCAUUGACCUUUGUAGUUGGAAAUGAAUCAGCUGACAUUGACUCACUCUGCUCUGCGGUGAUGCUGGCGUACCUGCGCACGUCAAGCUCGUCAAAGCUGUACAUUCCACUCUCCAACCUGCCGCGCCCCGACCUGGCGUUGCGGACGGAGAUGAACGCGGUGCUUGGAGCAGCCCAGCUGCAACCUUCAGAUCUCCUCACGCUAUCAGAGCUACCGGACAAUCUGCGCGCCGAAGACACGACGUGGAUACUCGUGGACCAUAAUGCCCUCACUGGGCCUUUACACAAACGCUUCGCCGGCAGGGUAUCGGGUUGCGUGGACCAUCACGCCGAGGAGAAUGUCGUGCCCAAGGACGCGGCCCCAAGAGUGAUCGAGCCCUGCGGCAGCUGCAUGAGCCUCGUCGUAGAGGAGAGCAAGCCUCUAUGGCAGGGCCUCGCGCAAGAGGAGAAGGCCAAGCUGGCCAACUUGGGUCUCGCCGCCAUUCUGACCGACACCAUCAACCUGACCGCCGAACACAAGAUCAAACCCAAGGACAAAACGUCGGCUGCGUUCCUAGCGGAGAAACUCAGCGGCACAGACUACGACCAGACCAGGCUCUUCGAGGAGAUAGGCAAGUUGAAGGAGGAUCUGUCGGAACUGUCCAUCAGGGAUAUCCUCCGGAAAGACUACAAGGAGUGGAACGAGAAUGGGCUGAAUCUAGGCAUCAGCAGUGUACCACAAGGACUCGCCUAUCUCCUCGAUGAGAAAGCGGCGGGGCGUGUCGACAGCUUCUACGGUGCGCUGGAGGAAUGGGCCAAGGAGAAAGGGCUGGACGUCGUCAGCAUCAUGACCACUUCGCAUCCUGGGGGUGAGUUCCAGCGGCACCUGCUGGUCUGGGCACGCAGCGAAAGAGGGGAGCAGGUUCUGGAGAAAUUCGUCGACGCUGCGGAGAAGAAUCUGCAGCUCGAGAAGUUUGCCGACGGGAAACUGGAUCAGGGGAUGACCAGGCUGGCGUGGCAGCAGAAGAAUCUGGCAGCCAGUCGCAAACAGGUCGCCCCUUUGCUCAGAGAAGCUCUACAGAAGGCAUGA